AGUGGGUGUGUUUUUAUUUGUGUUUUGUUCCCUUUUCUCGGCCCCAAAAAAUGUCUCAGCCGACUUUUACUAGCACUCCAGUUCAGAAAAAGCUUCGAUUUCGCGGUGACUUCAAUCCCCUGUCCUUCCCCGACUGUCGAGUGGAGGAUUUACUGGACGACGUUGACGGCAAGAGUGCGAGAAAUGGUGAUAUUUCGGGUGCAAAAGGUGGUGGAAAAUCCAGCGAACAAGCUUCGCUGUAUGACUUCCUCAAGGUGGAGCUCACGCGGGGCUACAUGCUGGAGCACGAUGAGGAGCGCUACAGCGCGCGGAGGCAGAAAAUCUAUGCCUUCAUGAAGAUUCCACGGGAAGUGGAGUCGUUCAUCUUCUACGGAGUGCUCCAGUGUGCAGACUCCUUCCUCUACAUCCACACCUUUCUGCCCGUGCGAUACAUCCUGGCCAUCUGGGCGAUCAUCUACCGUCCCAUCGCCAGCUGCUUCGGCUUGCGGCGGCGGAAGCGCCGCUUGCUGGCGCCGGCGGAAGUGUGUGACCUUCUGAAGGGCUCCAUCUGGAUCAUCUGCACGCUCCUCAUGGUGAGCUUCGUGGACACCAGCCGGAUGUAUCACAUCAUCAAGAGCCAGUCCAUCAUAAAGCUCUACAUCUUCUACAAUAUGCUCGAAGUUGGCGAUCGAUUGCUCUCGGCUUUCGGCCAGGACGCGAUUGACGCGCUCUUCUGGACAGCGACGGAGCCCAAGACGAGUCGCCGGCAGCAUCUGGGCAUAAUUCCGCACUUCUGCUUCGCCCUCAUCUACGUAAUCGUGCACAGCGGACUGAUAAUGUUCCAGGCCACGACACUCAAUGUGGCCAUCAACUCCAGCAACAAGGGACUGCUCACAAUCAUGCUGUCCAACAACUUUGUGGAGCUCAAGGGGAGUGUGUUCAAGAAAUUCGACAAGAAUAACCUCUUCCAGCUCACGUGCAGCGACGUGCGCGAGAGAUUUCACCUCUCAAUGCUCCUCCUGAUUGUCGUCAUUCAGACAAUGAAGGAGUUCAACUGGGAGGGCGAACAGUUCCUCCUCAUGCUGCCCGACUGUGCCUAUGUCUUCAUCGUGGAGUUCUUCAUUGACGCCUUGAAGCAUGCCUUCAUCACGCGUUUCAACGAGCUGCCCGUGGAAGUGUACAAGGAAUACACGCUGAGUCUGGCCUACGACAUGACCCAGACGCGCCAGAAGCACGCCUUCUCCGACCACAGCGAUCUGGUGGCGCGCAGAAUGGGCUUCAUCCCCUUUCCACUGAGUGUGGUGCUCAUCAAGGCGGUAUACAACGCCUUGUCAUUCGAAUCUUGGGCUUCUGUGAUCCUCUUCGUGCUCGGCUAUCUCGUGCUGGUGCAGCUGCGAGUGCUGAAUAUGAUUGUGGCGCUGGGUAAGGCGUGUGAUCUCAUGAAGAAGCAUCAGGAGGAGAAGAGCAAUGUGCCAUCGGCGCCACAAGUGCCCAAGGGUCGGAAUGUCACCGACACAGCCACAUCUCCAGUGCACAACUUCCCUCUGCAGCGCUCCAAGACGGUCGAUGGUGUGCCGGAGAAGAAAUCCAGGUUGGGCGCGAGAAAGAUUCAGGAGGAUUCGAGCAAUUUGGGCGCCACUGCGCUCUUCUCCAACAGCGAUGUGGAUCUGGAGGGUGUGUGUCUCAAUGAGAACCUGCUGAAUGAGUCCGAUGAGGUCUUCCAGGAUGACUUCUCCAUGACGCGCAGUGUGCCGGACUUGCAGCAGCGCAAGAAGGACGACGAUGAGUCCAGCGAGGAGACUGUGGGCAAUCGAACACACAAGAGAUCUGAAUCUGAGCCCUCCAUCCAGAGUGUGCUUCAGGCCAAUUCGCUGGGCAAUAGCUGUGCCACGGCGACUGGUGUGACGGAGAGAACGUGACCCAACUGAUGAAUUUCUGGCCUAAAUCCCAAAUAUCGCUCAAAGUACAGGUAAAGAAAAGAAAAAAAAAACCUCCAUUCACCCACACUUCACGGGCGCUUUGAUAGAAUCAUCACUCGCUUCAUUCACAAAAUGUUAUAAAUAUGCUUUUACAUUAACUUAAGAGAGUGCCAAAGUUAUCAUA